CACCCACCUUGCACCGCGCCGCCACGAGCCCCUGUUCUCCCCACACGUCCUCGCUCCUGGCACGCGCGCACCCCCACACCCCGAUGACGGUCUUCCUCCCGCUGGAGGCGUCGUCGCCCGUUCCGCAGGCCCCCGCCUUCCUCGUGCCCACGCCCCAGCCAGCCGCACACCUCGGGAAGGUCAUCAAGGCGAUCAUGAAGGCCCGGCGCAUCGCCGUCGUCUGCGGGGCCGGCAUCUCCGUGCAAGCUGGCAUACCUGACUUUCGGUCGUCUGACGGCCUCUUUCAAACGCUGAAGAAAGACAACCCGACGCUGAGCUCGGGAAGAGACUUGUUUGAUGCGUCCGUGUUCAACGCCGAGGGCACGACGUCCAUGUUCUGCCAGAUGAUCGCGCAGCUGGCAGAGCUCUCCGAGGUCGCGCUCCCGACCGCGUUCCACCACCUACUCCGUGCUCUCGACGAGCGUCGCCGGCUCCUGCGCGUGUACACGCAGAACAUCGACGCGCUCGAGCAGAAGUGCGGGCUCACCUUUGGCGUCCCAGAGUCCGACGCGAAGCGGAACAAGCCGCGGCUAUGCAAACCCAAGACAGACGCGGCGAGCGAGGCAGGCCCCUCGAGCGUCGUGGAGCGGGCGCAGAACCGGCUGCCGACGCCGCCAAUGGAGACACCGCGGUGCAUCCCGCUGCACGGGACGCUGCAGCAGAUGCACUGCCAGAUCUGCACACACUCAUUCCCGCUGCGGGAGCACCUGCCGGCACUGACGGAGGGUAGGCCACCGUACUGCCCGGAAUGCGCGGCGCUGGAGGAGACGCGGCAGUUGGUCGGGAAGCGGUCGCGUGGAGUGGGAAAGCUGCGGCCGAGCGUCGUGCUCUACAACGAGAUGCACAAGGACGGCGAGGAGGUGGGCGACGUCGUGCGACGCGACCUGAUUGGGAGCUCGAAGGGGAAGGGUAGGGCGGGCGCAGACCUGCUGCUCGUCGUUGGGACGAGUUUGAGAGUGCCGGGGACGAAGCGGAUCGUGAGGGAGUUUUCGAAGGCCGUGCACGCGCGCGACACGCCGGCGAACGAAUCUACGUCGACCGUGGGCCUCGCUACGCCAACGCCAUCGCCCCGUCGGUCGCCGGCUGAUGAGGAGGAGCAGCCGAUACGCGCAGUAUACCUGAAUCUCGACUUUCCGGUGCCGACACGUGAGUGGGAGGGUGUGUUUGACGUGUGGAUCCGCGGCGAUGCGCAAGAACUCGCUCGGCUCGUGCUGGAGGAGAUGGACCGAGAGGUGCGCGCGAAAGAGGAGGCAGCCGAGCGGAAGCGGAGGAGGGAGGAGACGGCCCUCGCAGCGAAGCUCGAGGUGCAUAUGAACGUCAGUCCAGAUUCACGAACGGGUGGUGGAAGCGGGAAGAAGCGCAAGGCGCCGUCAUCGGCGGGGGAGGGGUCUGCGAAGAAACAGAAAGUGACGCCGCCUACUCCGGUGUCGAUGAAGAAGCCUGCUGGCAAGGCGAAGAAACCGAAGAGUGUUGGUGGGGGCGUCUUACCCGUCCCCAUGGAAGAGAAGCGGCAGUCGUCUAAGCCUACGAGCGGGUUGAAAAUACGGAUUCCGCCCCGACCCAUCGUGCUCAUCACUACCCCCGUCCCGAAGCCCAAGAAGCCUGCACUGGCUACUCCUACACCCUCCCCGCCUUCGUCGCCUCUGACUCCUAUCCCUUCGUCCGUACACCGUCAUAGGAGUACGUUAUCCCCCCUUUCGCCCAUCCUCAGCCCGACUCCCAAGCCGCGAUUAACGCAUGCAUACGAUGACUACUGGGACGAGCGAGGUGAUUUGACCGAGUUAUCGGACAACGAUUCGAGUGGCGAUGAGUGUGCGGAGUCGUACCUUCCUAGUUUUCAUCGCAGUCGGCGCGGACCUGGAGGAUAGUCUACAGGACCGAACACUGACCGCCAGCCUCAGUCGGACUGUCUUUAACUUAAUAAUAAGUCCUAUUAUAGUCUGUAGAUCAUUCUUACUCUACUAUCCUCGCAAUGUGCAUAAAGCCUGCUUUAGCUGGCUUCCUCUCCUGAACUGAAGACCUCAUGAAUGACAUGGCGACAUCGAAGUGUGCGGUACUUCGACUCUCAGGAUCUCAUUAUUGCAUAUCGAGCAGCCACCGAGGGCGCUUGGCCGAAGC